CUGUAUUUAGCACUCAGUGUAAGGUCAGAUCAGAAAUUCUCACAAGAAGGAAGACAAGCGAACAUCGACGUAAGAUAAUUUGAAGCCAGAUUGUGGUGUUUACUUGAACACAUUUAUUCAAGAUCAACAUACAAUCGUACACAAGCAAGAAAUGAAGUCAUUGCUACCUCUGUGCCUACUGGCACUGUUUCUGGGUGCCAUGUCGUCGGUGCGAGCCGAAGAUGAAGAAGACUCGGAUAAGAAGAAAGAAAAAGACAAAGACGGUGUUGGCACUGUCAUUGGUAUUGAUCUGGGAACAACCUACUCAUGUGUUGGAGUGUUUAAGAAUGGACGCGUUGAAAUUAUCGCCAAUGACCAGGGUAAUCGAAUCACACCAUCCUACGUGGCCUUCACCCCUGAUGGUGAGCGUCUCAUCGGUGAUGCAGCCAAGAAUCAGCUGACCACCAACCCUGAGAACACAGUCUUUGACGUCAAGCGUCUGAUUGGACGUAGCUUCAACGACCCAUCAGUUCAAUCAGACAUGAAGCAUUUCCCAUUCACUGUUAUCAACAAGAAAGAUAAGCCCGUUGUUCAGGUCAAGGUUGGCUCUGAUACCAAGCAGUUUACUCCUGAGGAAAUCUCAGCUAUGGUUCUUGGAAAGAUGAGGGAGAUUGCUGAGGCUUACCUUGGCAAGAAAAUCAACAACGCAGUUGUCACUGUCCCCGCCUACUUCAACGAUGCCCAGAGGCAAGCAACCAAGGAUGCCGGAACCAUUGCUGGACUUAAUGUUAUGAGAAUCAUCAACGAGCCGACUGCAGCUGCCAUUGCCUAUGGUCUUGACAAGAGGGAAGGAGAGAAGAACAUCCUUGUUUUUGACCUCGGUGGCGGGACUUUCGAUGUCUCCCUUCUGACAAUCGACAAUGGCGUUUUUGAAGUAGUUGCCACAAAUGGAGAUACCCAUCUUGGUGGUGAGGAUUUCGAUCAGAGAGUCAUGGACCACUUCAUCAAACUGUACAAGAAGAAGAAGGGCAAGGAUCUGAGGAAGGACAACCGUGCUGUACAGAAACUGCGUCGUGAAGUGGAGAAGGCCAAGAGGGCCCUGUCCUCCCAGCACCAGGCCCGUGUCGAAAUUGAAUCUCUGUUCGAGGGUGAAGAUUUCUCUGAGACUCUCACCAGAGCCAAGUUUGAAGAACUGAACAUGGACCUGUUCCGUUCCACCAUGAAGCCAGUGCAGAGAGUUAUGGAGGAUUCUGACCUGAAGAAGACCGAGGUCGAUGAGAUUGUUCUGGUCGGAGGUUCCACCCGUAUUCCAAAGGUUCAGCAGCUGGUCAAGGAGUCUUUCAAUGGCAAGGAGCCCAACCGUGGUAUCAACCCUGACGAAGCUGUCGCAUACGGUGCUGCCGUCCAGGCCGGCGUUCUGAGUGGAGAAGAAGAUACUGGUGACCUCGUCCUGCUCGAUGUCAACCCCCUCACUAUGGGUAUCGAGACCGUUGGAGGCGUGAUGACCAAACUCAUCCCCAGAAACACUGUGAUCCCUACCAAGAAGUCCCAGAUUUUCUCCACAGCUUCUGAUAACCAACCCACCGUCACCAUCCAGGUGUUUGAGGGUGAGCGACCAAUGACCAAAGAUAACCAUCUUCUCGGAAAGUUUGAUCUUACCGGAAUCCCCCCAGCACCUCGUGGUGUUCCCCAGAUUGAGGUCACCUUCGAGAUCGAUGUUAACGGUAUUCUCAAAGUAACAGCAGAGGACAAGGGCACAGGCAGUAAAGAGGCCAUUGUUAUUCAGAACGACAACAACCGCUUGUCACCUGAAGAUAUCGAGCGUAUGAUCAACGAUGCAGAGAAAUACGCAGAUGAUGACAAGAAGGUAAAGGAAAAGGUGGAAGCAAAGAACGAGCUGGAGAGUUACGCAUAUUCAUUGAAAAACCAACUCGGGGAUAAGGAAAAGUUGGGAGGAAAGCUGAGCUCUGAAGAUAAGGACACAAUCACAGCAGCAGUCGAUGAAAAGAUUAAAUGGUUGGAAAGCAACCCUGAUGCUGAUGCAGAAGAGCUGCAAGCCAAAAAGAAGGAACUUGAAGAAAUUGUGCAGCCGAUCAUGAGCAAACUUUACGAGGGAGCAGGAGGUGCGGGCGGAGAGGGGGGACCUCCUCCACCUGCAGGAGAGGAUGGAGAUCACGACGAGUUGUGAGAGUGGCGCGAUGUAGGGUUGGUUUAUAAAUAUUGUCAUGAAAAGACUCAUCUCAUGGACCAGACAUUUCAUUACGAAGCACGUACCAUCAAGUACCCCUUACUUCAACAGUGGAGAAAUACUUUGUUCAAUUAAAUGUGAAUUAUUUAUUUAACUUUCACUUGGAUUUCUGACAGUAAUCGAAUUAACAAUGAAAACUGCAAAUGUGAUCAAGACACACUUUGAAGCAAAACUGACAGUUUGGAGUUUUUGAAACUUGGUGUGAUACGAACAUAUUCUGACCUGCAGGGAACUGUCCUCGUGAAUCUCGAGCAUGGGGUUGAAAAUUUACUUAUGUUUUAAGUUUUGGGAAUUUUAGGGAGUAGUAUAUUUUUGUUACUGCAGAUGUCUGCAGAAGGCUAUUUAUUUUGUAAGGUAAAUGACAUCAUUCAGAUUAAUUAUCAAAAUUUCAAAGGCUGAGAAAUUGAUUUUUCUGUGAUUUUGACAUUUUCAGUUGAUCUGGUUGAUGUCCUGAUUGUUUAUAGCUGGCGUAUGUGAUUUCAUCACUCUUGUGUACGCAGUCAUCGCAUGGUGUGUGUAUAUAUGUAUACAUCUCAUUAUCAUCAGAAUGAAAGCUGGAGUGCAUUGUGGCUGUAUGAUGAAUGAAAGUGUAAAAAUGUUGAAAGAAAUAAAAUUUAUUUGUUA